AUGGGUGCCUUUAUAGAAGAAGUUUGGAGCUAUCGGAAUCUGCUCAUUAUUAUUCUCACACCACUGUUACUGCUACCACUGCCUCUGGUCAUCAAGACACAAGUGGCUCAAUGUGCGUUUACAAUGUUACUGAUGGCAGUGUACUGGAUGACAGAAGCAUUGCCUCUUUCUAUAACUGCACUUCUUCCAGCAUUGCUCUUUCCUUUCUUCGGCAUAAUGAAAUCAUCAGUGGUUGCUACAAUGUAUUUCAAAGACUUCCACUUACUUCUGCUUGGGGUCAUCUGUCUGGCAACCUCUAUUGAGAAGUGGGCUCUCCACCGUCGAAUUGCCCUCAGACUGGUCACAAUGGUUGGAGUAAACCCUGGCAUGUUGAUGCUGGGCUUUAUGGUAGGCUGCGCAUUUCUAUCUAUGUGGCUAAGCAACACCUCCACAGUGGCCAUGGUGAUGCCAAUAGCAGAGGCAGUUAUGCAGCAGGUCAUGAGUGCAGAGAGCCAGGUCUGCAGCAAGCAGGAAAAAGCACUGAAUGGCAUCUGCAAUACUGCCCUUCAGCUGGAGGAAGACGCUACAGAUGAGUGUGAAAAGGCCACAGAUGUCAAAGCAGAUGUGAAGAGCCCAGAGCCAGAGAUAAAGGAAGUGACUGUUACUGUUUUUGAUCAAGCUCAUUCCACAGAAACUCCACCAAGUUCUCCAUCACACCCAGAAGACAGAACUCAUCGAGACCAAAUGAUGUGUAAAAGUUUGUCUCUGGCUAUUGCCUACUCUGCAAACAUAGGGGGACUGACUACUCUGCCAGGAACAUCCUCAAAUCUUAUCUUUGCUGAAUAUAUUCAUCAAUUCUACCCCGAUUGCAAGUCCAUCAAUUUUGGAAACUGGUUUAUUUUCUCCCUGCCUGUCUGUAUCAUUGUCCUUUUUCUGGCUUGGAUAUGGUUACACUGGCUGUUUCUGGGCUCCAAUUUCAAUUGUAUGCGGCGUUCCAGAGGAGGCGAUUCUGAGAGAGAAAAGGCAGCAGCCAAGCAUAUCCGAGAUCAGUAUAAUGCACUGGGACGUAUAAGCCGACAGGAGAUGAUCACCCUUGUUAUUUUUGUGCUGAUGGCAGUGCUGUGGUUCAUGCGAGAUCCUGGCUUCAUGCCAGGCUGGGCAUCUCUGUUUCCUGACUACCCAGGAUAUGCUACUGAUGCCACUGUGGCUCUUUUUCUGGGCAUGUUGUUUUUCAUCAUCCCUGCUUCCAAACCAACGUUAGAUAACUAUGAGACUUUCAUAACAUGGAAGGAAUUCCAAGCCUGUAUGCCAUGGGAAAUCUGUUUGCUUGUGGGAGGAGGUUUUGCUUUAGCAGAGGGGACUAAGGUAUCUGGUUUAUCCUCCUGGGUUGCAGAAUUAAUGAGUCCACUGGGCAAUCUCCCAGUAUUGGCCAUUGUCACUAUUGCCUGUCUGAUUGUUACAUCCAUCACUGAAGUCGCUAGUAAUCCAGCCACCAUCACCAUCUUUCUGCCCAUACUCGCUCCGUUGGCUGAAGCUAUCAGUAUUAACCCACUCUACAUGUUGAUACCAGCCACUCUAAGCGUGUCAUUUUCCUUUUUACUUCCUGUUUCCAACCCUCCCAAUGCCAUCGUCUUCGCAUAUGGGCACCUUAAAAUCAUGGAUAUGGUAAAAGCAGGGCUGGGCUUGAAUGUCAUUGGUGUUUUAACAGUGCUGCUGGCUAUCAGUACCUGGGGAGUACCAAUCUUUGAGCUGGAUACUUAUCCGGAAUGGGCUCCCCCUCAUGGCCUAACUAAUGCAACCGGGCUGUGAACUGCUACAGCGUACUGAUUAGUCUAAUAAGCAAGGACUGGUUGAGAAAACAAACCAUAAAUUAGUAGAAAGGUGCAACUCAUCAGGUGGAAUUCAUCAGGUAACAACUGAAAAUGGAAAGUGUACAGUAUAUUUGUAUUAUAGCUCAUAUGUUCCAUUUCUUUGCAUUAUGUGGACUUGUAGUAACUUUAACAGUGGAUUAUGGAUAUAAGCAUUAUUGCACAGUCAGCAAAUUCACAUUUUGUUACAGUUUUCCAUUAGUAGUCCAAUAUGUUAUUUAAUGUACAAAUAGACAAACCCGUUUCAAAAAAAGGUGGGCCAGUUUAUAAAAUGCAGUAAAAAAGUACUUGUACUUGUAA